GGAUCUCCUAUUCCCUGGGCGGCUGAUUGAGGAUGCCGGUAGUGUUAAAGUCGGAAGGGCUCUGCAUAAUGUUGUUAGGCCUUCAAAUUUUCACCAACUUAAAGAAAUAUUCCCGGAGGAGAAAUUUCUUUUAAAUUGUGGAACUAGAUGGACUGACAUGGUAUUGGAGCACAAUGCGACUGGUGAAGACGCAUUAAGGGGCUGGUUGGUAGCGGCAUAUGCUGCAGACAUGGAGAAGUCUGUUCAUGAGACAAGUGCUAAUGUCUUAGGAGAGGCUUAUGAGAGGAUGAAUAAUGUGUUCUCUCCAUUUCUCUCUGAACUGCAAGCCAAAGGGUGGCAUACUGAUCAGUUUCUUGAUGGAACAGGAAGCCGUUUUGCUCGAUAGUAUAAAUGC